UAACGUAACGUAACGUAACGUAACGUAACGUAACGUAACACGACGUAAUAAACAAGAACCCUUAUUCUCGUCUCCUUUUUUUUAGGAUGAUAAAAAUAGCGAGUCGUUGCGCUUUAUAUAUUAUACACUUCGAAUAUAUGAAUAUACGAGUAACAUUACGUACAGAAAGCAAGUACAGAAAUGCAGGCAUCUUGUCGUUAAAUUGUAAGAUAUUGUGUUCAAGCUCCAGAAUGUAUUCUGAUCCCCAUCCUCAGACUACUAUAUAUUAAAUAUAUUGUGCACUAUGCUCCAACUUGUCCAUACGAAUAAAUACAUUGAAAAAUCUCUCUAUACGAUAUCUCCUCGAUCGUAAUUAGCGGCUUGUGGACGGUGCGUGUUCAUCCGAUGAAUUGCGAGUAAUCGAAUUUCCCGCGUGUUUUUGCCAUAUUCAAAAAUAUCAACGUUCGAUUCGAACCGAUUCGAGAACCCGUAAUGGCGGGAAAGAAAGUGUGCAUCAGCUGUGCAAGCUCGUUGAAUAGUUUUGAGUUUAUUGCUUGCGUUAAAUUCGUGAUUGUCGCAAAUGAUUCUGUAUGAUUUUUAUACGUUUGUACAUAUAUCGAAGAGAUAUCUUCGGGUAUGAAUUGCAAUUGUAGGUUAAGUAUUAUAACCUAAAUGUUUGUUUACGAUUGAACCAGCAUUGAAAUUUCUGUAUGUAAAUACGUGACGAGGUAUGAAUUUGUUUCUUGCAUGUAUUUCAUGUAAGAAAGAUCGUAAAAUUGUGUCGUGUAACGAUUUAUUUUAUACAAGGAUAUUUUUCAUGUAAAAUGGAUGAAAUCGAGUAUAAGUUACAAUCAACGAAUCCUGUUUUGAUAUCGCACUGUUUCUUCUUACAGGCGAUAUCAAAACUUUUCGAUGCCAUCAAGAAAAAGAGACAGAAUCAAGCAGACGAUAAAAUUACACAAAUAUCUGAAUUUAAAUUACUGUCGACGAAACGAGAUAGCGUAGACGUCGCGGUCAGCAUACCUGCUUGUCAAGCUCUCGUCGCAUUAGUCGAGGAUGGGUUGUGGAACAUCAAUGAGGCAUUGUCCACUUUCGUAUCCAGCCUGUCUUCGAUUAAAAAUUACACAGCUGCUACUACGGCUAUUGGUCAUUUGUUGAUCAUGGAUCUGAAGAAUAAGAAGGAAAACAAUGCUAUAUAUCCGUUCACGCUUCAUGCGCCACAACAUCCUUUCAUAAUAAUAUUGAAUCAAGAUAAAUAUAGCUGGCAAACAGUGUUAAAUCAAAUAUCGUACAUUAUGAGUCAUCAUGAUUCACGAGUCCGAAAAAACAGUGUAGAAAUGUUACGUCCUGUGUUUUUGCAUAUUUUAUGUAAUCCUUUUUCAAAUCCACUGGACUGCUGCGUACAACCAUUUUGGCAAUUGUUGAUUAAAUCAGAUCACGGCAUGUGUUUGCAAACCGAAGUAUUACUUUGGUUGUACAUUGCUGAAAUCCAUUCUUGUAUAAAUACAAAUUAUAGAAUUUUAGAAUUCGCUGAGAAAGUAUCGCGAGAGAAAAAUAAAGAAUAUUGUACAGCAUUGGCCCCUGUGCUAGCAUCUUUAUCUCUGCAAUUACUAAAACACGGAUCAGAUCCGAGACCGAAUUUUAUCAUGUUAUUUGUGAUUAUAGAUCAGUGCGAUACUUGCAUAGGGAAUCUCAUGUUAAUAUUAAUGUCAGAAAUAAUAACAUUAUGUCCAACUGUUUACUUAUAUAGUGUUUUGCAAAUAUGUACAACAAUAACAAAGAAAAUGUAUUGCACGGAUAUAUUUCUGAAUACUUUGGUAGCGUCGAUCUUAAAGUGGAUGGCCUAUCCGUCACUAUUAUGUUCCGAUGCGUUAGAUAUGGCAACAGAUUUAUUGAAAGAAAUAUUUAUCCAACGAUCUCCGGCUCAUAACGAGACGAUGGUUAUGAGUAAGAUCUUUGAAGCGUUCACCCAUUUCGAACCCUGUCUUCAGUUCCACGUGGAGAUCGUUCGUUGUCUGAAUACGUGGGAACCGAAUGAUAUUGUGCUCUGGUUGAAACGUAUGUCGCAAGUACCAAUCGACUUAAAGAAUAAAUGUAAACUUUUAUUGGCUGGUCUCCUCAUACAAACGAACAGUUCAGAGAUCGCUGAGCUGAGUUGUAACAUACUCGUCGAUGUUUGCAGAGAAGUGAAAAGUUUUCAAUCGCAUCUAUUAUCUCUGGUAUUACAUAAACUGACCAAGUCUAAAACCAGCACAGAAUUAAAGUACCUGCUACUCGUCGUACCUGAGCUUGCAACCGUUAAAGAAAACAUUCCAAUCAUCACUUAUACGUUGGACACGCUGUUACUCGGUGACAGACAGUUAAAAUGUUUCGCCAUCGAAUUGUAUCUGAAGACACUGAAGGAACAGCCGGGUUGUUACAGAUUUGUCUCAGCCGCGAUAAUUCGUCUAAUGAAGAAUGAUACUUCCUGGCAUUCGGCUGCGACUUGUGCAAGAGCUAUGAAAUUUAUAUGCGAGAACCAUCCCGAGCACGGGGAAACGUUGGUACCGUUGCUGUCACAAAUAUUAAACCGUUCCACGGACACAUACGGAGGAACCGCAAGCGCGCUUGCUCUGAAAAGUAUUUCCGCGCUCUGUAAAGCUUCGGUGAUUGACAUUUCUUCAACGUGGCGGGUAUUAGCUCCAAAAAUGGAGAAAGAGAAACGUGCCAUUGUAUUGGAAAGCCUUUGUGAAUUGUUCGGUGAUGUCCCAUCGUAUCCGUCUUCUCUGCCCAUUGAAGAGUACGACCAACUGAUCUCUGACGUUGUAUCGAAUCUCUGGAAAUACGCGACUUGCAACGAUCCAAGAGUUAUCGAAUCCGCUUUAAAAGCUCUGGCUUCUUAUCGAUUAGAGCAAAUCUCUCUGGAAACAUUGCCGGCGAGCUUCCAGUCGCAUCUUAUUGUACAGGAGACACCCAUGGAUGCAACUGAGAAACCGAAAUACGCGUUUCCGUAUGUGCCUGGUACUUGUUGGAUAGAAAUGCUUAGGAAUAUUAACAAAGCAGCUUUAUCGAGCGCUGGGAAUCUCUUGAUUGCCUUCGUGAACGAGGAAGUGAAUUCUUUCCGAUCUGGAAUUUACGUUUGGCCCCAUGGGGAACCACAUAAUUUCAAGUACCUACCAGAGAAGAGCGUGAUAAGAGGGAUCGGUGAAUAUUUGAGACGCUCCGACAAACUGGAAUCCAGUAGUCGCUGUGUCAUUACAGAAUGCUUGAGAGUGUUCGCUCAUAAGUAUCCGAAACCGUUACCUAAUGUAGAUUGGAGUUUCCUAAAGAAUACUAUUGAUCUGUCACCUGAAGCUAAGAAGUACACGCUUUCCAUCGCAUGUCAUCACGCGAAGACAUCGUUGUCUGCGAAAUCUUUUGUGGAACAGUGUCUGUCAGCGUACACAUCAAUAACCGAUAUUGAUUUGAAUUUAAAAAGCGACGAGUACGCUGUAUGGUAUCAGAAUCUCGAUGAUCUGUGUCAAGCCGUACAACCGAGCACCAUAAAACCGUUUUUAGAAACUACAUUGGAAUAUGUUGUUGAGAAGAUAACAUUCGAUAACGAGCAUUUCAUAAACUUGUUUAUCAGUAUUAUGUCCUCGUAUGCUAGAACUUUAAGAAACGAAGAAGUGUACGAUGGGAAUUCCACGCUGUUGUCCGGUUUGCUGGAGAAACUUUUCGACAAGAUCGAUUUGACGCGUCAACAUUUACAGUCUUACGUUACAGCAGUUUUAGAAUUGCCAACGAAGCAUUUAGAAAUAAUAACGUCUCCUAGAACGUGGACCGAAAUAACAACUCAUAAAUUGAAAAAUGCUGUCGCGAUCAGGGCCGAGUUGGUUAUAAAGAAGUGUUCCGAGUUUUCGUUAAUGUGGUUGAACGAGCACAUCGAGGAAGCUGCAUCCGUGCCUAGCAUACAGGCGUAUUUUCUCGAAACUAUUCAAAGAAUGCACGCUGAAACGCGUUUUAAGAAAUCAAUUAUAAAUUGGGUAUUGGAUUUUAUGAUACAAAUUCAGAGACUGUUGUUAGAAUCGGUACAAGAUCACAGUAGGAAAGUACAAUUCUACUGCAGCGUUUUAUUUGUUUCUGUUAUCAGUUUGUCCGGCAUAGAUUGCAUUUUAGUGAAACAAGAUUUGUCGGUCUCGUCAGCGAAUAUCCGAAUUGAAUUAUUUCCUCGAGCUCUCGCAAUUCUGUCCGAUAGACAAGAGUGGAAGUAUGCGGUGCCACAGAUCAUGGAAUGGUUAAACUACAUGAGAACAAGUACUGUCUCUGAUGCAUACAAACUCACCUUUCAUCAUUCAUUAAUUAGCUUGAGACAUAAUCCAUAUUAUAAGGAUGUAUGGACCAAAUAUUUGUCAAUUAAAACUGAGUUAUAAAUAUAAAUUGUAUGCAAUGGAAGUUCGUGGAAUGUAAUGGAAAAGAAUACAUGUAAUCACACUUCAUAUAUAUGAUGGUUUUGAUAAUAUUAAACAGAUGUUUCACUGUUAUCCAAUGCCAUAACUGUCAAUGUGUUGGGUCUUGAUCCAGUUAAUAUAUGAUCUUCUGGCAGUUUCAUCCUAGGUUCUAGUAUGUUUCGUUUUGUUUCAACAUUCUUUUUUAUAGGUGUACGACUUGGACUAGAUUUUCUACUACUUGGAUAAGAUUUUAAUAAACGGGCUCUAAAAUACAAUUGUAUUUAAACUAGUAUGUAGUAACUUUUAAUUGUUUUCCUCCCUUAUUUUUCUAGUACUUACGCAUCCAUUAAUUUGAGAAACAAUCGAGUAUAUACUUGAUACUCUUCAUCUCCAAAUUCUGUUGGAUCAUGUCUAGCAUGCUCAUACAAGUCACAAAACUGAUGAAUUAAUCGUUGUCCACUUCCAUUCAAUGGAGUUGCUAAUGUAGAGAGUAGGUAAGCUCUUAGAUUUUCAGAUGGAUGUCUUUUGAGACAACUAUCAUACUUUGUAAUCUCGGCUUCUACGAGAAAAUUAGAUAAAAAUAUUAAGUAUCUACUUAUUCUACAAUUAUCGAUUUAUCGUAAUAAAUGUUAAAAUUACCUAAAACUCUGAUAUCAUCUACUGCUUUCAGUCUAUAAUAAUGUGGUGGAAUUUGAGUGCGAGGAGUCACAAUGAAUCGUGGAUCACUAAUAAGCUGUGGUUCAUAUUGAAUUCUUGGUAUUACUUCUAUCCGCCUUUCAAUUUCCUUCUUUAGCGACUAAAUAAAUGAAUGUUAUAAUUUUGACAACAACACAGUACAC